AAAGUACUUUUGCUUGUUCUCAUGAAAUCGGCGACGUAUAAACCUCCUCUUGACUAUUCUUCCGCAAUGUUUGGCGCCCUUGGCGCUCAUUUCCACGCCGGGAAUCAAAACCCAGAAUACCAAAAAGGAAAAGAAUAACUGAUUGAUCUACUCCGAUCUCCUGCAAAUAAUAUUCUCACUAGUUUCAGCUUUCCUAAAAUCUUGGAAGUUUAGUGGGAAAAAGACUUAUUCUCUAAUGGUGGGUUCUUCAAGACAAAGUCUGCCUUCAUGGAUAGGAUUGACAGCAACAAGAAAAGUCGAACUGGAUAGGAACAUGGUAAAAGCGGAGUCUUUCAAUGAAGAAUCGUCCAAUUCCAAAAUUUUUGAAGUGGAGUUGAGUUUUGGGGAGAGGGCGUUUGCUGCUGCCGGCGCCGCCGUGAUCUCCGCCAUCAUUGUCAACCCUCUUGAUGUUGCCAAGACAAGGUUACAAGCUCAGGCUGCUGGGGUUCCCUAUGAUCGCUUAUGUCAGACAGCAUGCUCCGGAACAAACACGAUGCUGCAAGAAAGGAAGUAUAUGCCAUCAUCUGCUUAUGCACCUGUUGGCAGUCAACCAACAUGCUCUCCAGAUUGUACCCGUUAUAGAGGAACAUUUGAUGUAUUAUACAAAGUAAUACGACAGGAAGGAUUCUCAAGAUUGUGGAGAGGAACUAAUGCUAGUUUAGCGUUGGCGGUACCUUCUGUGGGAAUUUAUAUGCCACUGUAUGAUAUUUUGCGCAACUACAUGGAAGAGGUUACGUCUCGGAAUGCUCCAGCCAUGACACCAUAUGUUCCCCUAUUUGCAGGAUCCUUAGCACGAUCAACAGCAUGCAUCACCUGUUAUCCCGUUGAACUUGCAAGAACACGCAUGCAGGCAUUCCAACACAGCCAAGCUAAUGUAAAGCCUCCUGGAGUAUUGAAAACUUUGAUUGGGGUCGUCUCUCCUGUCAAGACUGCUAAUAAUAAUCAAGCAUUUCAAAGCUUCCGCAUUUUAUGGACUGGGCUUGGAGGACAACUUGCCCGUGAUGUUCCUUUCUCUGCCGUUUGCUGGUCAUCGCUAGAGCCUCUUCGAAGAAAAAUUCUGAGCAGCAUAGGUGAGGAAGCCAGUGCAUCCAGUAUCCUUGGAGCAAACUUUUGUGCUGGUUUUGUGGCAGGGAGCCUUGCAGCCGCUACAACAUGUCCUCUGGACGUUGCUAGGACCCGGCGGCAGAUUGAGAAAGAUCACAUGCGAGCAUUGAAAAUGACGACAAGGCAAACUUUGGUUGAGAUCUGGAGGGAUGGAGGUAUUAAGGGAUUAUUUACGGGAGCUGGUCCUCGAGUUGCUCGAGCAGGCCCUUCAGUUGGGAUCGUGGUUUCUUUCUAUGAAGUUGUCAAGUAUGCAUUGCAUUAUUUGCAGACAGAGAAUGAUAUUGGCAAAGGACAUGGCUGACCCUUCAAAAUGUCGUCCAAGGAAUGUGGUCUUUAUACGAAGAUUACCCCUCUUACUCACCAGGAUAUAGAAUACGUGCUUUGCACAUGAUUCAAAUAUUUUGUAAUUGUCUUUCUCUGUUUUUGAUCUUGACACCUGGUACCGUCUUCUUCUUGAUUCUCUUAAUAGAUUUUGUCGUGUACUUAUUCUAAAAA